AUGUCACUGAACUCUUCCAAUGUGUUUCUGGAUUCAGCGCCCAGUAAUAGCAACCGCUUUCAGGUUAAUGUAAUAAAUGAGAGCCGCGAGAGCAGCACGGCUGUGGAUAAUAACACCGACCCUCCACAUUAUGAGGAAACCUCUUUCGGGGAUGAAACCCAGAACAGAUUCAGAAUCAGCUUUAGGCCUGGAAGUCAGGAGUGCUAUGACAAUUUCCUCCAAAAUGGAGAAACCGCGAAAACAGAUGCCAGUUUUCAUGCUUACGAUUCUCACACAAACACGUACUACCUACAAACCUUUGGCCACAACACCGUGGAUGCUGUUCCCAAGAUUGAGUACUAUCGCAACACCGGUAGCAUCAGCGGGCCCAAGGUCAACCGACCCAGCCUGCUUGAGAUUCACGAACAACUUGCAAAGAACGUAGCCGUGGCACCGGGUUCAGCUGACAGGGUUGCUAACGGAGAUGGGAUGCCUGGAGAUGAAGAAGCUGAGAAGAAGGAAGAGGAGGAGGAAGCCGGCGUUGUGAAGUUCGGAUGGGUGAAAGGUGUGCUGGUAAGAUGCAUGCUGAAUAUCUGGGGUGUCAUGCUCUUCAUUCGCCUCUCCUGGAUUGUUGGAGAAGCUGGAAUUGGUCUUGGAGUCAUCAUCAUUGGCCUGAGUGUGGUGGUGACGUCACUCACAGGUAUUUCUAUGUCUGCCAUUUGCACAAAUGGAGUAGUAAGAGGAGGUGGGGCCUACUAUCUUAUUUCCAGAAGCUUAGGGCCCGAGUUCGGUGGGUCUAUAGGCUUGAUCUUUGCUUUUGCCAAUGCAGUGGCUGUUGCUAUGUAUGUGGUGGGAUUUGCUGAAACAGUGGUAGAUCUUCUUAAGGAGAGCAAUUCAAUGAUGGUGGAUCCAACCAAUGACAUCCGGAUAAUAGGCUCCAUCACAGUGGUGAUUCUUUUAGGAAUUUCAGUAGCUGGAAUGGAGUGGGAAGCAAAGGCUCAAGUGAUACUUCUGGUCAUUCUUCUCAUUGCUAUUGCAAACUUCUUUAUUGGAACCGUCAUUCCAUCCAACAAUGAGAAGAAAUCCAGAGGUUUCUUUAACUACCAAGCGUCAAUAUUUGCUGAAAACUUUGGGCCAAGCUUCACAAAAGGUGAAGGCUUCUUCUCUGUCUUUGCCAUUUUUUUCCCUGCAGCUACUGGGAUUCUUGCUGGUGCCAAUAUCUCAGGAGAUUUGGAGGAUCCCCAAGAUGCCAUCCCCAGAGGAACCAUGCUGGCCAUUUUCAUCACCACUGUUGCCUACAUAGGAGUUGCGAUUUGUGUAGGGGCCUGUGUGGUCCGAGACGCCACCGGAAGCAUGAAUGACACCAUCAUUUCUGGGAUGAACUGCAAUGGUUCAGCCGCCUGUGGGUUGGGCUAUGACUUCUCGAGAUGUCGGCACGAACCAUGUCAAUAUGGGCUGAUGAACAAUUUCCAGGUCAUGAGCAUGGUGUCAGGGUUCGGCCCCCUCAUCACUGCUGGCAUCUUUUCUGCAACGCUGUCCUCAGCCUUGGCCUCCCUCGUCAGCGCACCCAAAGUGUUCCAGGCGCUGUGCAAGGACAACAUCUACAAAGCCCUGCAGUUCUUUGCAAAGGGAUACGGGAAAAACAAUGAACCCCUGAGAGGAUACAUUCUCACUUUUGUUAUAGCCAUGGCGUUCAUUCUUAUUGCGGAACUGAACACCAUCGCCCCCAUCAUCUCCAACUUUUUCCUGGCCUCAUACGCACUUAUUAAUUUCUCCUGCUUCCAUGCCUCUUAUGCUAAAUCUCCGGGAUGGAGACCUGCAUAUGGAAUUUACAACAUGUGGGUAUCUCUUUUUGGAGCUGUUUUGUGCUGUGCAGUCAUGUUUGUCAUCAACUGGUGGGCAGCUGUCAUCACCUAUGUCAUUGAGUUCUUUCUCUAUAUCUACGUGACUUAUAAGAAGCCAGAUGUGAACUGGGGCUCCUCCACACAGGCUCUUUCUUAUGUGAGUGCAUUAGACAAUGCCCUGGAAUUAACGACCGUGGAAGACCAUGUGAAAAAUUUCAGGCCCCAGUGCAUUGUCUUAACAGGGGGGCCCAUGACAAGGCCUGCCCUCUUGGACAUUACUCACGCCUUUACCAAGAACAGUGGCCUUUGCAUCUGCUGUGAAGUUUUUGUGGGACCGCGCAAGCUGUGUGUUAAAGAGAUGAACAGUGGUAUGGCAAAAAAGCAGGCCUGGCUUAUCAAGAACAAAAUCAAGGCUUUUUAUGCUGCAGUAGCAGCAGACUGUUUCAGAGAUGGUGUCCGAAGUCUCCUUCAGGCCUCGGGCUUAGGAAGAAUGAAACCCAACACUCUGGUGAUUGGAUAUAAAAAAAACUGGAGGAAAGCUCCCUUGACAGAGAUUGAGAACUAUGUGGGAAUCAUACAUGAUGCGUUUGAUUUUGAGAUUGGUGUGGUCAUAGUCAGAAUCAGCCAAGGGUUUGACAUCUCUCAGGUUCUUCAAGUGCAAGAUGAAUUAGAGAAAUUAGAACAGGAGAGGCUGGCUUUGGAAGCCACUAUCAAAGAUAACGAAUGUGAAGAAGGAAGCGGAGGCAUCCGAGGCUUGUUUAAAAAAGCUAGCAAGUUGAACAUUACUAAGCCAAAGCCUAAGAAAGACAGCAGCAUGAGCACAAUCCAGUCGAUGCAUGUGGGGGAGUUCAACCAGAAACUGGUGGAAGCCAGCACCCAGUUUAAAAAGAAGCAAGGAAAAGGCACAAUUGAUGUGUGGUGGUUGUUUGACGAUGGAGGGUUAACACUCCUUAUCCCCUAUAUCUUGACUCUCAGAAAAAAAUGGAAAGACUGUAAAUUAAGGAUCUAUGUUGGAGGGAAGAUCAACCGCAUUGAAGAAGAAAAAAUUGCAAUGGCUUCCCUUCUGAGCAAAUUUAGGAUAAAAUUUGCAGAUAUCCAUAUCAUUGGUGACAUCAACAUUAAGCCAAACAAAGAGAGCUGGAAAGUCUUUGAAGAGAUGAUUGAACCAUAUCGUCUCCAUGAAAGCUGCAAAGAUUUAACAACUGCUGAGAAAUUAAAGAGAGAGACCCCGUGGAAAAUUACAGAUGCAGAACUGGAAGUAGUCAAGGAAAAGAGUUACCGCCAAGUUCGCCUGAAUGAACUCCUACAGGAACACUCAAGAGCUGCUAAUCUCAUUGUCCUGAGCCUUCCAGUAGCAAGAAAAGGAUCUAUAUCAGAUUGGUUGUACAUGGCUUGGUUGGAAAUCCUCACGAAGAACCUCCCUCCUGUUUUACUAGUUAGAGGAAACCACAAAAAUGUGCUGACAUUUUACUCUUAA